AUGAUUCCCACACGGAGACUUGCCGCUCAAGGCGGCUUCUUUCGGCGCAGUGCUGAAGAACUUGGUCGCCUCUCAAAAAUUGGUACAGUUGGAAUCUCUAUUUCCCAAACUGCUAAAAUACUCACAAAGCAUAAAAUAGCCUGGAACACCGAAGCGCUUCAUACGCCUACUAAGCCCUAUACCCUGCUCAAUUUUGAGGACGAGCGUACAGUCUCCGAGUGCAAAACUUUCGCCGAUCGUGCCGUCGGCGGUUUCAGCACCGCGAGUCUAGACUACGAACCGGCCGAUCCCUCCUCCAACGACCCUGCCCAUAUACGAUUCCACGGCAGCAUUUCUACAAAACUACCCGAUAAUUGGCGAGUUGAAAGAACUGGUUAUGCUGCUUUCCGCAAUAAGGAUCGCGGCCUCUGGCUUUUUGGCCGUCUAUUUUGGGAUGUGGAUCCUUAUGCCUACCUCGCGCUGCGCAUUAAAUCCGAUGGUCGCCGAUACACUGUGAACAUUCAAACAGACUCCCUCGUCGAGACAGAUAUCCACCAACACAGACUAUACACUCGCCACCAUCGCGUGCAAGACGGCGCCGCUACUACAGAUCAGGCCUUAUACGCCAACGCCACCACCUCUGGAACUACUGGCUGGGAGACAGUGUUCCUCCCCUUUAACUCAUUCGUUCGAACCAACCAUGGCUUUGUGAUUGAGCCACAAACUUCCAUUAUUCGACAACGGGUGAAGAGUAUUGGUAUUGGUUUGACCGACCGUAUCGAGGGACCCUAUGAUCUACGCAUUCACAAGAUUUGGGCAACCAAUGGUAUGGGCGAAGCAGACAUUGAGGAGGAACGUCGCAUUUGUGGUGCCGAUGCGUUGCCACUUGAUGAAGGUGUUCGCUCUGCUUGGGCUGAAUCUAGCCAGGAAUCAGAAGUUCAGAGCCAGAAGAAGCCAGAGACCGACAAGAAAGGAUUGAGGGGACUUCGAUCAGAAUGGGAAGAGUAG